AUGGCAUAUGUUUUUAAAGCCAAACAUCCUUUCAUUCCUCCAACUGAAGAUAAACAGAUCGAAACCCUGCCAUUUCUUGAGGCAUCUAGAGAAAUCCUUAUUCUUAUUGACUAUUUAGGACCAUCUUUUCUGAAAUCUGCAUUUCACAGAACAAGAGCAGAUAUCGAUGGUAACAUCACCACACUGCAGAACAAAUACAACAGCAAUCCUGAUCUAUAUCAAACUCUGAAUUCCAUGAUCUCUGAUGAACUACAUUCCUCGCAGACAUCUGCUACAGUUGCUCUUCUGUGGCUCAAGAGAGGCUUGGAGUUCAUUUUCCAUUUUUGUGAAAAGUUGAUUGCUGAAAGUGUGGAUCACAAACCGCAUACUCAAAGUUUGUGUGAUAUCACUCUCAAAUCGUAUGAACUAUCCUUGAAAAGAUUCCACAGUUUCAUUGUCAGAGGCCUUUUCUAUUUGGUUGCUCACAUACUGCCUUCUCGAAAAGAUUUUUUCAAGUUAUUGGCUGGUGGACAGGAUUGCAAAGAAGAAGAGGUAGAGAAAGAGUUGAGAAUGUUUGUAGAAGGUUUGGAUCCAAACUUGAAGAUUAUCAACGAACUUUACAUAAACAUGGGAAAAAAUGAAGACUGUUAA